GGGAGGGGCUUGGCAGCUCCCGCGCCGCUCAGCUCGGCUCCACGCGCCCACGCCUCGCCGCUCGCCUUCGUGCCCCCUAGCCGGGCAUGCGCCCCCGAGCCCCGGGCCACCCAGAGCCGGCCGCGCAAGAUGGGCGCCCUCGGUCCCAGGCCGCCGCCAACGCCGCCGCUGCUGCUGCUGCUUGCGCUGGGAUUUGGGUGCUAUGCCCGGGAGGUGCUGGUUCCUGAGGGACCCCUGUACCGUGUGGCUGGCAUGGCCAUCUCCAUCUCCUGCAAUGUCAGUGGUUAUGAGGGCCCUGCCCGGCAGGACUUCGAGUGGUUCCUAUACAGGCCCGAGGCCCCAGAGUCUGCACUGGGCAUCGCCAGUACCAGGGAUACCCGAUUCUCCUAUGCUGUCUUCGGGUCCCGCGUGGCAGCUGGCGACGUGCAGGUGCAGCGUCUGCAGGGUGAUGCCGUGGUGCUCAAGAUCGCGCGCCUGCAGGCCCAGGACGCCGGCAUUUAUGAGUGCUACACACCCUCUACUGAUGCCCGCUACCUGGGCAGCUACAGCGGCAAGGUGGAACUGAGAGUUCUGCCAGAUAUGCUGCAGGUGUCUGCCACACCCCCAGGGCCCCGAGGCCGGCAGGCUGCAAUUUCACCCCCUCGCCUGACCGUGCAUGAGGGGCAGGAACUGGCACUGGGCUGCCUGGCGAGGACGAGCACGCAGAAGCACACACACCUGGCAGUGUCCUUUGGGAGAGCUGUGCCGGAGGCACCAGUAGGGAGAGCGACUCUGCAGGAAGUGGUGGGACUGCGGCCCGACCUGGCUGUGGAGGCCGGAGCACCCUAUGCUGAGCGGCUGGCUGCUGGAGAGCUGCAGCUGGGCAAGGAGGGCACCGAGCGGUACCGCAUGGUGGUGGGGGGCGCCCAGGCAGAUGACGCAGGCACCUACCACUGCACGGCCGCCGAGUGGAUUCAGGAUCCUGAUGGCAGCUGGGUCCAGAUCGCGGAGAAGAGGGCCAUCCUGGCCCACGUGGACGUGCAGACGCUGUCCAGCCAGCUGGCAGUGGCAGUGGGACCCGGAGAACGUCGCAUCGGCCCUGGGGAGCCCUUGGAGCUGCUGUGCAAUGUGUCAGGGGCACUGCCCCCAGCAGGCCGACAUGCCGCGUACUCCGUGGGCUGGGAGAUGGCACCUGCGGGGGCACCUGGGCCUGGCCGCCUGGUUGCCCAGCUGGACACAGAGGGUGUGGGCAGCCUAGGCCCUGGCUAUGAGGGCCGGCACAUUGCCAUGGAGAAGGUGGCAUCCAGAACCUACCGCCUGCGGCUGGAGGCUGCCAGGCCUGGUGAUGCAGGCACCUACCGCUGCCUCGCCAAGGCCUAUGUCCGAGGGUCUGGGGCCCGGCUUCGUGAAGCAGCCAGUGCCCGCUCCCGGCCCCUCCCUGUGCACGUGCGGGAGGAAGGUGUGGUGCUGGAGGCUGUGGCGUGGCUGGCUGGAGGCACCGUGUACCGUGGGGAGACUGCCUCCCUGCUCUGCAACAUCUCUGUGCACGGUGGCCCCCCCGGCGUACGGCUGGCCGCCAGCUGGUGGGUGGAGCGGCUGGAGGAGGGGGAGCUGAGCUCUGCCUCUGCCCAGCUGGUGGGUGGCGUGGGCCAGGAUGGCGUGGCAGAGCUGGGGGUCCGGCCCGGAGGAGGCCCAGUCAGCGUGGACCUGGUGUCGCCCCGAAGCCAUCGGCUGAGGCUGCACAGCCUGGGGCCCGAGGAUGAAGGCGUGUACCACUGUGCCCCCAGCGCCUGGGUGCAGCAUGCGGACUACAGCUGGUACCAGGCAGGCAGUGCCCGCUCGGGGCCAGUCACGGUGUACCCCUACACGCAUGCCCUGGACACCCUGUUUGUGCCCCUGCUGGUGGGCGCGGGCACUGCCCUUGUCACCGGCGCCACUGUCCUUGGCACCAUCACCUGCUGCUUCAUGAAGAGGCUGAGGAAACGGUGAUUCCUCCACAGGUGUUGACUCUCUGCCAGCCGAGCCCCGAGCCUGCCUCUGGCUGCCUGGCCUCCCUCUCCCUCUGCCCGCCCUUCCUUUAAUUUAUUUGACCUACCCCAACCCAGAGUGGGGGACACGGCUCCCUGUUCUCCACUCCUUCCUUCCCGACUCCUCCUCUGGCCUUCUGUCCUUGAUCUCAUACCCAGCCAGUAGGGAGGCGGUUCUCUGUCCUUGAAUUCGUUUUUCUAAAAUGUGAAUAAACUUGUUUUAUAAAA